UGAUACUUAGCGGCCUGGCGCCCUCACGACCGGGGACGUGAUGUCGUGGAGCCGACCAUGGCGGGGUCAGAGACGCCGAGAAGUCUUCCUGGCGCUUGCCCUUGCACUUAACAUCCCCCCUCGCGCACAUGGGACUUCCCGUUUCCAGUAGUGUUUACUCGACAGCAUGCUUCCGUCUUUUGCCAGACAGCGUUGACCUGAGCCCCACGCAGAGCAGGGCGGUGUCUCAGGACUGCGGUGCUGUACCCGCUGCCCCAGGAAGAGGGGGAGAAGCCCAUCGCGGCAUCGCCAGGGUGUGAUAUAUGGUGACUGCCCACCGGUGCCGGGUGCGGUCGCAGAGUCCCUCGCUCAUUUUCCGGACCUCCUCCUCGCGUUGGCCCAAGGUUGCUCCCACGAUCUUCUCGACUUGACCAACGGAGAUCGGUCGUGCCAGGCUGACCGCUAGCCUCCAUGGCUCGGUCCCCGCCCCCUGCCGCGAUCAACGUUCCCAUGGCGGCCUUGACGGCGUCCACAACGGCAUCCAAGCAUUCGUCAGACCUGCCUCUCAGGAGCUACCCAUCGCCACCAGAGUCCAUCGCUGAUCCUGGUCCCGGUAGACGAGCAACUUCCAGCCUCCCCGCGCCGCCGCCAGACACACCGAGCUCCAUUGUUGCCGAGUAUGGUGACGGCACUCGGGAUAAAGUCCCGUCCGCCGCGGUGAUAGCUGAGGGCGUCGUCAAGGCGUACUCCCGAUCGCGGUCCCGGUCGGGAGCCUCGAGCCAAGGGCACGGGAGGGUCAGGGGUGCUUCUCGCAGCAGCACCCCGACACCGAGGAGAUCUCCUUCGGAAGACAGGUCAAGGUCGCUCCAGCGAAAAGAGCCCCAACGCAGAGAACCGAGCCCGGCAACUCAAGCUUUGAACGACAAAGUCCAGAGAUUUCUCAACUCCAUGAGCCCAUCCAAUGAUGCGGAGGAGCUUGUGAAGGAGAACCGCAGCUUGCACCAACGCAUCGCCGCGCUGCAGCGGACCGAACGGGACCUGCUCAACGACAACCAGGACCUCGCCCGCAGGCUGUCCGCCGCUCAGAAGCGCCACGACGCCCAGCGGCAGAAAUGGAAGGAGGCGCUGCUGAACAGGGAGAAGGUCUUCGAAGCCCGCAUCAAGGAUCUCGAGUCCCGGCUGGCCCGGCAGGAGGAAGAGCUCUUGCGAGUCGCCCUCGAUCGGUCCCAGGAAACCGCCUUGAGCGACGCCGCCAUUGCCGCCUGGCUUGCAUCCAGAGCAUCGUCCUGGCGCCAGUGGGUGGAUGACUUCGCCCACCGCGACCCGAACCGCAUCCACUCCGGCCUCCAUCCUCUUCAGCUACGCGAGCUUUGCGACGGCGUCAAGCACUUCGUUCGCCUCACUGAUAGCGGGGAGCUCCCGGAAGACCUGCUGACACCUGCCGGCAGUGAUGGCCUUCGUGCCGCAAAGCUCCUGCUGCAUGGGAUGCUGGCCAACUUCAUCAUGUCGGAAACCCUGGCCUCUCCGUUUUGGGUAUUUGACGUCGUCUCCCCGGACGCUCUGGACCUGGAGAGUCCCAGCAUGCCGCGCCUCAACUCCCUGUCACCUGUCGGGUUCCGCAUGGACCUGGCCAUGUGGAAUUCCAGCGUUUCUCUGCCGCGUGAUGUCCGGUCCCCUCUUCCUCUUGAUGGCCGUGGCGAAUGGCCGCCUGGCCGAACUUCAGGAGACGCGCAAGCUUCCGAGGCUGGUCACGUCGGUACAGCCACUGAAUCUCUCUCCUGGUCCGCCGGCCGGUCUGUUGGACCAAAACCUGCCUUCCAGGCAAGCCAUGGAACGCUUAUACCAAGUCAUGCUGAAUGGUAGGCCUUCUGCCUUCUCUCUCCGUCUCUAUCC